UUGGUGGGGGGCAUAUAAGCACAUUGUUUGAACAAAGUACAUUCCACUGAAUUUAUAGUGGCGUUCCAAAUUAUUGCAUGUUUUGUCUUUGUGCAUGUGCAUACUCAUAUCCCACAGUUAAGGUGAAGUAACCUAUUACCCAGCUAGUGACUUGUGGUUGCUAUUUGCAUUAGUACACUCAACAGUGGAUGGCAAUUUUUAUGGUGUGGGCUUUUUCGUGUUUUACUAUAGAGCAUUUUACGCUCAAUAACUUGUUAUUUAACUGGUGUUUCGGCGCCCAAGUGCUAAUACUGAUCCUGCCUUGGCUUGAUUGUUUUCAGAAUAACUUAGAUAUGCACAUUGCUUUAAGAGCACUUUGAAAACUUGCUGCUUUAUUUAGUCACAUUGGCCUGCCUGCUGAGAGGGUUACCUGAAGGGUGAAGGUGAAGGGUAAGCGACAAGGGCAACUGAGAACGACAGUCACACUUGCGUUUGCCGCAGACCCUGGGGUCUUGGCAGAAGGCCAGCCGAACUGCUUAAUACAGAGAUGAAAACUACCGUGGAGGUGGAGUUAAAUUCAGAUGAGUGCUUAGCAGCACAAGAAACUUGUUCUCAAUAGUCUUAUGAAAACAGAGACCUAAGUACAACUCUAGAAAGUCUGGUGAGGAGCUCUAUUAAAUGUGUAGCUCCAGUCUGAAAAGUGCUAAUGACAGAGCUCCCUGAAGAUGUUAGGCUCAUUUUUCUUCAAACUGUCUGGACAUCUGUCAUUUAACUGCUGAAGCCUUCCUACCGUUUGUUUUUUUCUCCCGACACCUUCAUCUGUUGAGAGAAUAGAAUCAGCUGCUAUGGAAUCAAGGCCAAGUAAAACAUGAGGAGAUGAAUUCAAGAUGAUCCAGUCAGAAGAUUUUUCACUUUAUAGAAAUCUUGGUUUUGUUUAAUGUGUAAUAUAAUUUGACAAAGCUAAGUUCAAUAACUUAUCUUGAAAUUAAGAGACGCCCGUGGCCUUCAUCAGACAUGUUUCUCACGUUUUCAAGGAAGAAUAUGUCCCAGAAACUAAGUAUGUUUUUACUAGUUUUUGGAAUCAUUUGGGGAUUGAUGUUGCUACGUUACACUUUCCAGUACCCAAGACGCCAAAGCAGCGCUGAGUUACGUGGACAGAUAUUAGAUCUAAGUAAAAGAUAUGUCAAAGCACUGGCAGAAGAAAAUAAAAACUUAAUGAAUGGUGGUGGUGGAACCUCUAUGACAGGAUAUGCUGAUCUUAAGAGAACAAUCGCUGUUCUUCUGGAUGACAUUUUACAGCGCCUCGGGAAACUGGAAAACAAAGUUGAUUACAUCGUUGUGACUGGCUCAGCAACAAACACCACUAAUGGAACUAGCAAUCAGGUGCCAGUAACUUCAAAUAAACGUGUAAAACCAGCAAGCAACAUUAGAUAGCAAACAGGACCACUUUAUGUUGCUACAUCUAUGAUGGCUGAUGUUUAAGAUAAGCUUUUUGUUUCUGGCUAGGGCAAAGCAGUAGUUGACUCUAAAAGAAGCAUAAACUAUUCUGUUAUGCAAUGUGCUGGAUCUGUGUAGGCCUAACUUAUGUGCAUAGGUUCUCCAAGCAUUUUUUUUCAUUGGCUUUGGGCAGUACUUCUGAAGUGAUCUUUGUUCUCUUUGAAGAAUCUUUUUUUUGUUACUAUGAUUGGAUGUAGUAUGCCAUUGGGUAAUAACAAGAAAUGGAAAACAAUGGAGAAGUUAGAGGUAGGUUUCUAAAUAUAUUUAUGUAAGUACAACUAUAACAUAUCUUUUGGAUAGGUGAGCAGUAUUGUAGCUUACUCAUUUUUUGUGAUCUGCGUUAAGCUGAGAUAACUGAGGAAAAUGUGUUCCUAAACAGAUGUUAGAAAGUGUGUAUACUUAUUUUGUUACUCAUUUACUAAAACAGUCUUAAAUUGCAGACAGCAUUGCCAUUAAUAUUUUAAAAUUGUGACCCAAAGAAUGUCUUUAUUUGCACUAUCUGUCAGAAUAGCUAGAGAAAAUUCACUGUAUAUUUAGCAAAACUAAUUAAAAUAGGAAAACAUCCCGGGUAGUAACACUGUCCAGGUUUAUCUUUACACAGCAGUUAGGGCAGUUGUCAAAAGCAACUCAUAAUCUGUGAUAUGUUAGAUGAUUAUUUCUUACAAAGAUAUUUAAGUGUAUGUAUUUUGUAAUUACAGAUAAAAUUAUUUAAGUGAUGGAAAAGUUUUGGAUAUGUGAAUACUGUUUAUUUUUACUCAUUGCUGUUUCUUUUUAACUUGUUAGUACCUUGCAAUUUGUGAUGAGUACACCAUCUCCCUAAGUUGCUUUUUUCAUCAGGAGGAAGAGCAAUGAAAGGGGAAACAAGUCAACUCUGCACUUGAGAGAUGUAUGUACUAAAGGUGUCUUAAGAUGGAAUAUUUGAGUGCUAAGGUGAUGUUUGCCUUACGCCUAUGUUAGCCUUACAGCAAGUGAAUUGCAGUGUGGAUGCACUGUGUUUCAGAUGUUACUGAAGUCAUAUUCAAGAGCAAGUGCCACUGAGCCAAUUUGUAAAAAAAUGUGCUGAAUGUGUGUGUGGAGAGGGUAUGUUCAGGGACUUCUGCCAAAGUGUGUCAUGAGUGAGUUUUCGGGGGUGGUCUAAUUCUAUAUUAACAAAAAACCUCCCACCAGUAAAACCAGAGGUGCUGGAUGAUAAUAUCAUCCAAAGUUACAUGUUGAUUUUUCUUUUCUUGUCUCCCUGCUGAUAUUCUGGACUGUUGAUACACUUGCAACUUUAGUAUUCAGAUGAUUUUUUUUUUUUGUUCCAUGUCAUAUUGUGUGCAAACAUGUACUCACUUGAAUGCAGAAGGAGAAAAAUAAAUUUUUAGUUGUACUUGUAAA